CGGCCAUUCACAGUUUAAGGUCCCUCCGGUGACUCUGAAUGACUAGCCCGAGCGAAUCUUCCCCCCCUCGCCAUCCAGACACGUUAAACGCUUUUGGUGGAUUUUUAUUUGUAUUUGUAUUUUUUAAACCAGCGAGUUUAAGUCUGGCCUGAGUGUGUGCGUGUGAAACGAUGCUGAUGAAGUUGGAAAGUAAUGAGCGAGGAUGCUGAAGCUGCCGGCAAGCCCGCUUUGUUCGGAGGAGCGCAAGGCUUUUGUGCCGCUGUCAUCCCGCAGCUCGUCCCCUGCUGCUUUGUCUUCACUUGGCCCUCUGAUACCGAGCGUGAGCAGUGUGGUGUGUCAGUGUUGGACUGCAACCACCAGCACCAGCAGCGGCCGGAGGUCAGGACCAUGAGUCUGUAUGGGGGCGGUGCCAGUGGCGGUGCGAGAGAACGAGGAGGAGGAGCAGAACAUUACCGGGAACAGCAGCGGCGGCGCUCCAGCGAUCGUUCACGCGACUCCUCCCAUGAGCGGGGAGAGAGCCAGUUGACGCCUUGCAUCAGGAAUGUUACUUCUCCCACUCGGCAGCACGACCGUGAACGUGGCGAAGGAGGCUCAUCAUCCAGGUCCUCCAGCCCACGUCCUCCCAGGGUUUCUCUUCCCCAUUCCCACGUAGGACACAUACCUCGUUCCCUGGCUCCUCCUGGAGGUGACCACCACUCCAAAACUUUGGGCCAAGGAUCCUCUGAUAUGAUCUACGUGUAUGACCUCAGCAGUAAAGAAGGACAUCGCAGUGGGCUGAGGCUGGGAGAAAGAGUAACACUCAUUGUGGACAACACACGAUUUGUGGUGGAUCCUGCUAUUUUCACAGCUCAGCCUAACACCAUGCUGGGCAGGAUGUUCGGUUCUGGACGGGACAACAAUUUCACUCGGCCCAAUGAAAAAGGAGAGUUUGAGGUGGCAGAUGGUAUCAGCUCCACUGUCUUCAGAGCCAUCCUGGAUUACUACAAGUCGGGGAUAAUCCGCUGCCCUGACGGCGUUUCCAUUCCCGAGCUGAGGGAGGCAUGUGACUACCUCUGUAUCUCCUUCAACUACAGCACCAUCAAGUGCAGAGACCUCAGCGCCCUCAUGCACGAGCUGUCCAACGACGGAGCCCGGCGUCAGUUUGAGUGUUACCUGGAGGAGAUGGUGCUGCCGCUGAUGGUGGCCAGCGCCCAGAGCGGAGAGAGGGAGUGUCACGUGGUGGUGCUGACUGACGACGAUGUGGUGGACUGGGACGAAGAGUACCCACCGCAGAUGGGAGAGGAGUACUCGCAGAUCAUCUACAGCACCAAACUUUACCGCUUCUUCAAGUACAUCGAGAACAGAGACGUGGCCAAGUCGGUGCUGAAGGACAGAGGACUGAAAAAGAUCCGACUGGGGAUUGAAGGAUACCCAACCUACAAAGAGAAGGUGAAGCGACGCCCUGGAGGCCGUCCAGAAGUCAUCUACAACUACGUGCAGCGCCCCUUCAUCAGGAUGUCCUGGGAGAAGGAGGAAGGCAAGAGUCGGCACGUGGACUUUCAGUGCGUCAAGUCCAAGUCGACCACCAACCUGGCAGCGGCUGCCGCAGACAUUCCGCAGGACCAACUGGUGGUCAUGCACCCUCCAGGGCCGCAGGUGGACGAGCUGGACACUCUCCCCCAGCAGGUGGUGCUGGGGCCGGUGUCUGAGAGCAGUGCAGCCCCCCAGCCAGCACAGGCCUACGAGGGCCUGAACCAGCAGGCUCAGGACGGCUCGAGCCCGGCCGCACAUGGCAACCAGCACGGCAGCGGCAGCCAGACUCAGGCCACUUACCGCUAUGAGCCGGACCCCGACAUGCCAUCGCCCUCUGCAUGAGACGGCUUGCUGCACACUCCCACCCUCCACCUCUGUGUUCACACCUCCAGCAACAAGUGCUUUCACCUUCACCAACAAGGCUUCCUGCAUUCUCAUCACAGUUGCACACAUGUUGCCACAGUGAAGCACACACACGUCUGAUUGGCCUUCAGCAGCCAGCAAGCACACAAAAUUGUAGAGUUUAAGCGGCGUGUUGCUUUCAGUGUGAGCACAGACUUUUCCAGUGUCUCCUCCUCCACCACCUCUUCCUCCUGAGUGGCAAAACACCAGUUUGCCUUGUGUUGCACCUCUGCUGCAGCUGCUUUCAGUCCACACGGCGUCCGAAUGAACGAGAACUAGAAGCACAUCAGCAAACCUCCCCUCCCAGCUCUGUUUACUCUUUUAUUUGUCAACCAAAGGAGAGUUUAGUGGACCUUUGUGUACACGUGAGGAGAGAUCUGUUUUACACGUGUGAAUGCUGAGUGCUGUGUGUGUGUGUGUGUGUGUGUGUAUUGUAGAAUACUGUACCUCACUGGGAAAGUGGACUUCAGUGCCUCUGCAUAUUUCUGUGGGGGGGGCAAUAAUUUGAUGUGAAGAUGGAGUCUUUUUCUUGUGUCGCAACGUUUCACACAACAUAGAUGUGUUUACUUCAGAGGGGUGCACUACAGAGCGGGUUCAGCAUUGCCAGACUUUCUUUAAGUUAGCUGAUUCCACAAUAAUUAAAACCCCAGUAUCCCAGAGAUGACGGUAAUAAUGGUGGUUAUAAGUUUUCUCUGUCAACACAGAUUUUCUGCACGCUUCCAUAAAACGAGGCGUUUGAUGUGGCUUUUUACGGUUCUUCCACACAAAUCUGAUCGAGUGCCAUUUAUCUCACGCUGAGAUAUUAUAAAGAGGGGAUAAAUAUUGUGUAUAUAAGUAAUAUAAAUAAAACAGCGGAAGGCAAAACUGCUGUGGAUUAAUAAGUUAGAACUCUGUGCGCUCGAUGUGCUGCUGUUUAUUUGGACAGCUGGAUAUCAGAGCUAUGAAACUAACUGUGCCAUGCACAGUUUGCAGAGCUGUAGCUUUACGGUGGGACUUGAUGGUAUGCUCUGUAAAUAGAAAUGUGCCACUUGCAACAGAUUUUAAACCAAAACUCUUGAUAGAAUUUGCUCCGGACCAGUUUAUAUGAUCAUCGCCCGUUAACUGAAGACUGAUUGUUCGUUUUGCAGUACACCCCUCUGAUAAGUUAGAUCUUAGUUUAAGUCUUGUUUAUUUUCUGCUCCACUCCUGAGUCUUGACUGAGGUGCUCUGAAACUCUGCACAGAUCCAUCAUCACUGCUGCGAGCACACAGGAUGUCAGAAAAGAUGCUGAACACUUUUUUGGGUUGUUUUUUUUUUAAAUAAAUGCUAUUUACAACA